UAAAUCUCCUGCCAUUCUUUGCCAAAAUCAAUCCCACAAUCCCCACACACCGGCGGUGUAUUCAUUUGAAUGGUACAACUGUGCAACGCUAGCGGAUCUGUUUAGAGGAAUUGCUCUUGAGUUUAACCAGAUUUUCACGUUUUGGAUUUACACAUCUGUGGAGACCUCAUGACCCAUCACAAAGUAAACUGUGUCUCUUGUUAUGGAAGCUGGUAAGCAUGUCUGGUAACAAGAAGUCGUGAAUGGUCAACCGGAACAAAUCCAUAUGGCUUUCUGCUAUCAUGCCUGCAUUUUUUUGCUGAAAAGAACAUGAAGCAGGUGGAUAUUAUAAAUAAGGAAGAAUUAGAUAAAGAAAGAUUUCAAGUCCAUUACGGAGUACACAGCCCAGGCAAAGCGAAGCGAUUGUCAUCUUGCAAAAGGAAGGGUUGUCCAUUGGUGGAGGUGGGCUUGAAGCUGCACCGCAGAACAUCAGAUGUAGGCCGUGUCUGUGAUCCCGGCAUGGCCAACAAAGAAAAUGAGCUGACGUGCUCCGAUGAUGUGCGGGGCAUGCACUACAAUGACAACUGCGGGCUCCCUAUGAACUCUGCAGAGGCAUCCAAGAUGGCAGGGGCCAGCUCCAAGUACAGUGACUUAACUGAGUUAUCAAAGGACCAUGAAGCUAUGACUCACAUCCUUUUCGGAAGGAACCUACGACUAAAAGUAGCCCAAACACUAUGGCAAAAAAACGCCAGUGAAUUAGUGGCCUACCUGAUAAGAAUUGAAGACACAGGGGUGCUGCUUGACUGCUUACCUGUCUUAACAAACAACCUAAAAACUGAAGCACCAUGUUUGUCACUUGGCUGCUGCGUUGACCUCAUGCCCCAAGUAAAAGUGAUUCUUGCCAGUAAAUAUGAAGAAAACAUAAUGGUGGGUUUACACUGGGUUCAGUCCGUCAUCAGGAAAUGGUGGCCAGAACUUUCUAAGAAUGAGAAAAGACUGCGGGACAGUUGUUCAGAAGACAGGAAUAUUGAAGUCAUGAAGCAGCGGCUGAAGGACUUGUGGAAGGAAGGAGCCCGAUUGUGUUUGGUUCCAGGAUCUACGGGAGAACUGGCAAAGGCCAUUGAGUCUUAUCUAUCACAGCUUCCCUGACAGUUGUCAUUGUAGCACUAUGAGGAUGUGACCACUGCUGCCGGAUCAUGGCUGUGUUUUGAACUGAUAAUGACGGCAGAGAAAUGGACUGGUUCAUUCUGACACUCAUUCUGAACUUCACAAUUCAGACAACUCCCUCAGACUCUUAAGGAGGGCUGAGAGAGCCUUUCUGCAAAAUAACACACACACACACACACACACCGCAAAUGACUGCUUCACAUUGAAGUGGACCUUGUGAAGGGGCAUAUUUAGUGGACCUCCAUGAGACUGGGUGUAAUGUCGCUCUAUGAAGUGCCAAGCUCUUUGUCUCUCACUACGUCACUCUGCCAUGGAAUGCAAAUGUACUUGUGGAUGUAAUGAAUGCUCCGCUGUUUUUAUGUGUUUUGCGCCUCGGUUCUCCGGAAUCAGGAACUUGAAUCUACAACAGUCUUAAGUUAUUAGAGCUCCUUGUGUUUUCAUUUUGCCUCUUCAUAUGACAUUUGACUGUAUAAUGUAAAUUGUAAAAACAAGUGAUUCUUUUAAUCUUUUAAAUAAAUUUGCUAAAAAUCGAAAAUGUAUUUAUUUUAAUAGUGUGUGUGUGAGGGCCUGUUACAGUGCAGGAGAAAAAGCUUCUUGAGUCUUAGUCCAAAUUAAGUUUUUAGAUGUAAGGACAACUUUUGGCACAACAAAUGCCUGUAAGUCAACAUACAUAUUUGCUAUGCCCUUCUUGCUUAAUAACUCAUCCAAAGUGGCCAAACUAGACUAAACCUGGGUAUUAAUUUAAAAAACUUA